CCCACUGGGAGGCCAACUGCUGGAGAUGCCCUUAUCCACAACACAUCGCCCGCUCCGCCCCCAUCUUCCUCCUCUGCUGCCUGACCACCCAUCGUCGCUCCUCCUCCUCUCCUCUUGUCCAUCCACCUUACGACCCAAGUGUUGCUUUCCUGUUCUUGGCCGCGGACCCUAGCUGACAGCGUCGGCGUGCUUUGUGGCUAUGGUUGGGGCGGUGGUGGCCUGCUCGUCGGCGCACUGGGGCCGGGGCGGCCUUGCAGUGGUGGUGGAGCACCUCCUCCCGGAGGGUGUCUGGGGGCAACCGGGGUUGCGAGGUGGCUCGGUUGCGCCAGAUCUGGGUGGCCGACCAGCACGCGCGGGGGGCGGUCUGGUGGUGCUGCUCGUCUGCCAGUGGCCACGGACGUGGGAGUGCCGAAGCUGCCUCCGGCAGGGACAACUCGUGAAGAGCUCGUGCGCGCUGGUGAGUAGAGGAGCUGAAGCGGAACAGUGACGCGCAGCGGAUUGAGCAUCACGUGGGUCGCGAGCCUCGCGGUUGGGAUCCGGAGGCGAGGGAGAGAAAGUCCUCAUGUUGUUCAUGUUUUUUUAUAAUCCGGGAUGAAACGUUUUCUCAUUUUAAAAAAGGAGUGCAGGUUGAAUUAACUAAAACACAAGGGCUUUUUUACAAAACUGUCACAGCGACGUACGACCCGAAGCACUCGGCGGUUUAGUAUUAAAAAUAGGGAAUCUCUCUCUAUUACUAAUGGACGAGUUGAUUGAAUAGUCCCCCCACUUUCGUCUGGUUUUUUUUAUCAAAUUACCCCCACCCCCACGCCCAGCCACCGAACCGUGCCCACCGAACCCCACCCACGCACAUAGCCAAAGAAACAACGCCCUGCCGCCGAUCAGGAUCGCCCUGACGCCGAUCCCCAUACCCCACCGCCGAUCCCCAUACCCCGCUGCCAAUCAGAUCUGCGCAGCCGUCGUGCGAUCUGCGCACUCCACAGCGCCGCCGCCGCGGAACGACUCGGCAGGCCGCCGCCACGUUUCUGGAUCGCUGGCAGUUUCUGGAUCGCGCGCCGCCGCGGAACGUGCGAUCGGCGACGCUGUACGGUUUCAACCCCAGUAGUUACAUAUGGGGACUCCACACAGCAAGCCAGCGGAACAGACGACUUCAUCACAUGUACCUCCAGGCCCGAUGGAGGGGACAAGUGUUGACGACUCUAACGAAGGGAUUAUACCGGUAGCCGAUGAUGUUGACAAAAUUUACCCACGUAGUCCAGGAGUCCAUAUUACUCCCUCCGAACGGAUGAUACUUGAGACCGAUGGUGAUAGCACAUAUGAUACUCCAGGAGAUGUUGCAGGCCCGAUGGAGGGGCCAAAUGGUGACGACUCUAAUGAAGGGGUUAUACCUGGAUCCGACGAUGUUCACAAGAAUUACCCAAGUAGUCCAGGAGUCCAUAUUACUCACUCGGACAGGAUGAUACUUGAACAAGCCGAUUGUGAAAGGACAUAUGAUCAUCAACCUUCCCAUCUGAUUUCGGAUCAACCAUCCUCUGUGGACCUUGACGAAAAAAGAGAGUUGAUAAAAGCUCGGGGGCGAGCUGCUUAUAGAAAGAAAAAAGAGGAGGCUACCGUCAAGCAACAAGAUGAAAAUCUGUCUGCCCUUACGAUAUCAGAUAUGCUGAAUGUGGGUUGGUUACCUCUCGGUGAUAUCACUAAUGUGUGUCAACCAACCACGGUGGACCUUGACGAUGAAAAAGAGCAACUAAAGUCUCGGAGAAGAGCUGCUUAUCGAAAGAAAAAAGAGGAGGCAGCCAGCAAGCAAAAAGAUGAAAAUCUGACUGCCCUUACGAUAUCAGAUGGCGACCUCAUCGAAAUCAAUGUGCACCUACAAAAUGCCGACCAACAAACCAGUGAUUCGGUAACAAUAACGGAUAAUGGAGUGGACGAGCAGAGUCAUGAGUCCAGAGCAGCGCCUGGGAGGAGAGAGCGAGCUUGCAAGGGUGGUAUGGUGGCAAAGAAACGUCAACAGAAAAUUGGCAAGCAAAAAAAAUGUACGCAGGUACCACAUGGUGAGAGGAAUGUUCUACGCGAUCGGCGUAAUGAAAGGUUUGCAGGUAGGGUGAUGACCCCAACCGUCAGGUCCAUCUUCAUACCUAAAAUGAGCUCAACUGGACAACCUAUCGUAGUGGAAGCACACGGUACCUCGACCUCAUCUAGCACGCCGGAGUACACGAUCAGAAGUGAAGACGACAUGGACGCUUACCUUAGUCAUCUCAUGAAUGAUAAUGUCAACCCUGAUAGCCUCUUUGACGAUGAGUAUUACAUAUUUGCUGGUGAAGGCUCAGAUGCUGAUGACAUGGAGCACGACGAAUUGGAGACUCAAGUCACAGUACCUAUGUCGACCAUGAUCCAUUGGACUAUGUCUACUCAAACCUCCCAGACCACACACACAUCCUGAAGCACGCCGCAAAUUGCGAUCACUGCA